AUGGUACCGUGGGAUCCUCCGUCGCUGGGGACUCAACUCCUCGCCUCGCCGCUCAUCUGCGUCCUCCGGCCUGUAUACGGGCUUCUCUCUGCCCUGCGCGCGCCGCCGUACACUCGCUCGCCCUCGCAGCCGGCCGUCCGCGUCGUCUGUCUGUCGGACACGCACUCCCAGCACCGCUCGGUCGAGGAGAUACCCGAUGGCGACGUGCUCAUCCACGCCGGUGACCUGACGGACCUGGGCACACCAGCCCAGAUACAGGAGGCCGCAGACUGGCUGAACUCGCUCCCACACAGACACAAGGUCGUCGUGGCCGGGAACCAUGACGGAUGGCUGGACGAGAGCGUGCGUGGGAAGAUAGCGGCGGCCAACGAUGUCGAUGUUGAAGAGACCAUCAACUGGGGAGGGAUACACUAUCUCCAGAAUUCUACCGUCACUCUAUCAUUCGGCUCGACUUCUUCCUCUCGAACACUUACGGUCCAUGGCAUCCCUCAGGUGCCGCAGCUGGAACCGCACGUCACUAUACACGCCUUCCAGUAUCCGCCAUAUCACGUCGGACUGCCCUGGCCAACCCCCGUACCGUCAGAGACAGACAUACUGGUCUCCCACAGUCCGCCGCUGCACCAUGGAGACCUGUUCCCCAACAGCAUUGGGUGUGCGUACCUCCUCGAGGCGGCGUGGCGGGUGAAGCCUGCACUGCACGUCUUCGGACACACGCACGGCGGCCGUGGGGUAGAGCGAGUUUACUACGACGAUGCACAGCGGGCGUGGGAGCUGAUGUGCCAUCGACGGCGGGAGCUGGGGAUGCUAUGGGCUCGCGGGGACCGGAGCUGGGCGUGGUGGCUGUUUCACCGGUGGUCGGUCGUGAGGGACCUGGUCAGCGUCUGCUGGGCGUGGAGGGAUGCCGUCAGAGUGGUCUUUGGUGCCGCCAUGGGAGUGAUCUGGACGAGAGUCUGGGGGGGAGAGCGGCCGCUGGGGAGAGAAGGCUGGAUGAUCAACCCGGCAUGUAUGGACGUACGGGGGCAGAGGAUCGUGGCUGGGCCGAUAGUCGUGGAUAUAUAA